AUGGCCGUCUCAGGAAAGAAGCGCACUGCAGAGGAGAUGGAGAAUACCCCUGCUCAGGUGGUGAAGGUCGACAAGAAGGAGAAGAAGGAGAAGAAGGAGAAGAAGGACAAGUCUGAAAAGAAGGAGAAGAAGGACAAGACGGAUAAGGUCGAGAAGAAGGACAACAAGGAUAAGACCGAGAAGAAGGACAAAGAGGACAAGGUCGAGAAGAAGGAGAAGAAGGAUAAGGCCGAGAAGAAGGAUAAGGCCGAGAAGAAGGAAAAGAAGGAGAAGAAGACUGCCAAGGAAGAGACUGCAGCUGUGCCCAUGGAUGUCGAUACCGAGGAGGUCAAGGAGGAGAAGAAGAAGGACAAGAAGGAGAAGUCUGAGAAGAAGGAGAAGUCUGAGAAGGAGGCCAAGGCUGAGAAGAAGGAGAAGAAGGACAAGGAGGCUAAGCCUGAGAAGAAGGACAAGGAGGCCAAACCUGACAAGAAGGAGAAGAAGGAGAAGAAGGACAAGUCCGAGAAGUCUGAGAAGGUCGAGAAGAAGGAGAAGAAGGAGAAGAAGGAGAAGAAGGAGAAGAAGGAGAAGAAGGAGAAAAAAGAGAAGAAGGAGUCGACACCCGAGCCCACACCAGCAGCAGCAGCAGCACAAGUAACGCCAGCUGUUGAGAAGCGAUGGAACGAUUGGAGUCAAGCAGAUCUGGGUAACGAGAAGCAGAACGACAAGUUCCUGCGCCUCCUCGGAGCCAAGAAGAAUAAUGAUGGAGGAGCUACAGCACCGGCGGCCAAGAAGGGUGGAUUGUUUGGAUCAUUGGGUUCUCUUGCCCCAUCGUUAUCAACACAUACCAAUACUGAUUCUGCGAUUGACAGCAUGGUUGGACGGCAAGUGACUCGGGACUUGGAGAAGCAGUUCAAGGAUGGACUCAAGAUCAAGCAGCAGAUGAAGAAGGGCAGGAGCGUCGGUCUUGGCUUUGGUUAUUAA